AUUAAUAUAUAAUUCAUGAACAUACAUGCACUUCAAUUCAUUUUUAUAAUGAAAACAGCUUCAAGUUACAACAGAGUCAUCAAUAUCUAUAUCUAUACAUAUAAUUAUAGAUAUAGUUUGACUUCAAUUUGAAUUAAAGCAGUCACAAGUUAUACGUUUUUAUUCACAUGCAACAACAACAAAGAUAGAAAUUAAAGAAAAUUUGGGUUUUUGAAGAUCAAGAAAUUAAACAAAAAUGAGUUCAAGUAGUAGUAACAGAGGGGAAGAAAUUGACCCAUUAUUAAGAGAUCUAACUGAGAAAAAACAAAGCUUUCGACGCAACGUCGUCUCGCUUGCAGCCGAGCUCAAAGAUGUCCGUACGCGUCUUUCAUUUCAAGAAGAGUCUUUCGCUAAAGAAUCUUGUACUAGAAUGGAAGCAGAAGCUAAAGCUAAGAAAAUGGAACAAGAGAUUUCUAGAUUACAAAGUAGUUUAGAUGAGAAAAAUAAACAGCUUCAAGCAUCAUCCUCUGAUGCCCAAAAGUACCUACGAGAUUUGGAUAAUCUUACUUCACAGCUUUCGUUCACAAAAGCAACCGCUGAAGCAAGUGCGGCAUCAGCUCAAGCUGCACAACUUCAAUGCACGACUCUCUUAAAAGAAUUGGAUGAGAAGAAUAAAUCCUUGAAAGAACAUGAAGCUCGUGUAAAUAAACUAGCAGAACAAUUAGAUCUUUUGCAGAAGGAUCUCCAAUCUCGAGAAUCCUCACAAAAACAACUGAAAGAUGAAGUCAUGCGGGUUGAGCAUGAAAUCAUGCAAGCUUUAGCCAAAUCUGGAGCUAAUAAUGAUUGUGAAUUGAGGAGGAUUCUUGAUGAGGUUUCACCUAGAAACCUAGAGAAGAUGAAUAAACUUUUAUCAGCCAAAGAUGAAGAAAUAGCUAAGCUGAGAGAUGAAAUUCGGGUUAUGUCUGCACAUUGGACGCUCAAAACCAAGGAUCUUGAGUCCCAAUUGGAGAAACACCGUAGAGCUGACCAGGAGCUAAAGAAAAGGGUUUUAAAACUGGAGUUUUGUCUUCAUGAAGCUCGAGCUCAGACCCGAAAGCUCCAAAGGACGGGGGAGAGACGAGACAAAGCUCUAAAAGAAGUAAGAGAUGAACUAGAAGCAGCGAAGAAUAAUGGUGGAUGUGGAAAUGGAGAAAAUCCGAACCCGAAUUUCUGGGAGAGCUCAGGGUUCAAGCUUGCUGUAUCGAUGUCGAUGUUAGUACUGGUGUUGUUUUCUAAGCGUUAGUAGUAAAAGUAGUAGUAGUAGAAAGACAAUUUUUAAUGUUUGAAUGGAAUAGCUCAUAGAUAGAGACAAGUCUUUUAGAACAUGGGGAUGCUUUUUGUUUAUAAAAUACCCCGCCUGCCAAUUUUCAAAAUUCGAAAUACUAUGGUCAAUGUAUGUAUGUAAUCAUGGUACAAUUUACAAUUCCAAAACCUUGUUUGUCC